AUGCCACGCCCCUCCUUCACUGACUUGCCGACCGAGAUCCUCGAAGCUGUCUUCCUAAAUCUCGACCCGCGCUCCCUCGCAUCCGUUUCGCAGACGAACAAACUCAUCAAGGAGCUCACGACCGAUGCGCCUAUAAUAUGGCGCCACCUGUGCAAGACGCAAUUCAAGACAUGGGACGCUCGCCACAACAUUAUCGCCAAGUUUGCAGCCCCGUUGUCUGAUGUCGACUGGCGCGCCCUCUACAUGACGAAGCACACAAUCGAGCGUCGCACCAAAGAGCUCUUGAACCGCAUUGUGAAUCGCCAGCAAGGGCGCAUAAGAUGCAUCAACGACAUCGCCGAGUUUGGGUACGAUGCGAAGGAAACGCUGUUGAAGGAAUGCGCAUGCCCCGACGAUGCACACGACGUUUUAGCGAGGCGGUACUACGCCAAUGCCGUACUGGAGCGCAUACAUCGCGAGGUCGCCAUCAAGGUGUGGUCGGAUCUGCAUGACGGCAAGGACAUAUCGAUAGAGAGAGCUCUGGGCGCAUACGAUGUAUUUGCGAGAGUGGGCGAAGAUGUGGACAUUGACGUGGUAGCUGAAGACAUCACCGCACUAGCCAACAGGCUACUGGAGACAUAUCCCGACUUGCGCAGCUGGAGUCCACGGACACAGGCCUCAACUUUAGCGUCCUUCCUCCGUGACGAAGGCUUCAACGGUGUUCCAGACACGUCGUAUCGCGCACUUCGGAAUUCCUUCAUUGGUCUUGUCAUUCGCUCGGCGACGCACGAGUCUCUCCCACUCAUCUCAGUCGCCAUCUAUUGCGCCGUAGCACAGCGAAUCGGCCUUGAUGCACGACCCUGUGGGUUCCUUUUCCACGUCUAUACUCUUGUCUAUGCGCCCAAGAACUACAAUCUCGAUGGCCAGUACAAGCCGACGAGUUCGGCGCAGCUGGAUUACAUGUACCUGGAUCCGUUUCGCUCUUCCUCCGAAGUACGGCAAGGCGAUUUACAGAGGAUCCUACGCGACAUGGGUGUUCCAAAGGACGAACACCAUGGCUUUCUGAGCGACACCAACACCCGAGAGAUGGUAAUGCGCACUGCGCGCAACAUCAUGAAUUCGGUACAAACGAUCCGCGAAACUGAAGCUGGAAUGGGCAGCAUCCAGGCGUCAUGGAUGAACUCAUAUCCAGACAUGGACAACGCGUUUUACGCAACUAUCUGGGCCAUGCUGCUCCUUGGGCCGAACGACGAUCACAUCUCAUCUGGACACAACCAGAUCCGUCGUCGCCAAUAUCUGCCGUACCUGCUCGAGCAUUUUCAGAUGCACUACCCAUGGGACGUGACGUUGCUAUCACGCUACGUCAUCCCCAUGUUCUACAACCAACCUGAGGGUCGUCGCCUGCUUCAAUUUGUGCAGAGCAUGCAUCAAGUUGAUUCAAUGCGGAAGCCUGUUGCCAAUCGCUCUGCGCGCACGCAGAAUGUUGCUUUCAAAGUUGGCCAGCUAUUCCAACACAAGCGUUAUGGCUAUGAAGGUGUCAUCACAGGCUGGGACGUUGUCUGCGACGCGAACGAAGACUGGAUUCAGAACAUGCGUGUAGAUUCCCUAUCGAAAGGUAGGAAUCAGGCUUUCUAUCACGUACUUGUCUGCGACAAAUCCGUUCGCUACGUUGCUGCUGAGAACAUCAAGCCGGUGGAUGAGGAUACAUACCCCUCCGAGGCGUUGCUGAAACUCGCUGGCCGCCAUUUCAAGCGCUGGGACAAUGAACAACGUUGUUUCGUGAGCAAUGUGCGCGACGAAUACCCCGAGGAUUAG